UGAAAUUGAUUUACAGUAUUUUGCCAGUUUCAGGUGUACAGCAAAGUGAAUCUGCCAUACAAAUACAUAUAAAGGAUGGACUUUUUAAAAAAGAUCUUUGGCGACCUUGGAGGGCACAGUUUCCGUGGGGUCAGGAGAGAGGGGAGCAGGGUUGCAAAGGCUCCCGCUACAAAGGUGAUGGGGUGGGUUUCCGUUUCUAGAUUUCCACACAUUUGUGUACGGCAGGGAAAGAACCACGAGAGAGGGAGAAGGCAGAAAUGUAGGCAGAAGAUGGGGCGAAGAGGCGCUGGGCCACAGCGAUGUCACUCCCGUGGGAUCGUCCGCGGGCCAGGGAGCUCCUGCUAUGCCUAUAUUGUCUCAUAAGUACGAGGGCAAAGAAGAAAAGGGGGAGUAACGGUCUGUAGCGGCUGCUAUGUAGCAAAGAAACCAGAAAAAGGUGGAUACGCCGUCCACAGGGGACAACACGGCGCCGACACCAAGAAAAGAAGCCACAUCACGGAGAGAAAAGCUGAACCACACACAUCCGGGACUUUUCACAAGCCUCGCCCCUCGCCCGGGUGUGGCUGCGGGAGACGCAGGCAGGAAGGGGUGGGGCAUGAGCGCUGAGCCCGAGCGCUGAUCUCGCGAGAGCAGUAGCGGGCGGAAGCGCAGUCUGUGCAGGAUGAGCCUACGGCUUGUGUUCGUCUUGCUGAGCGUCGCAGCGGCGGGCUCCGCGCAGUCCACUUCUGCGCCAGUCGCCUUAGCACUCACUACGAGGGCAGGUCCGGCUUCUGCAGGAGACUCCAGGCAGCACAUCUCGAGCCGGCAGCCUGAGCAAGAACACGGUGACAGACCCUCUCUGAAUCAGAGUACCACGAAAGCCGUCCCUGGCAGUUCGGAACCCGAGCGGCACACCGUGAAAGCCGUCCCUGGCAGUUCGGAACCCGAGCGGCACCACAAGAAUGACAGCCUUGGCAGUUCCUCCAGAGACCAGUCCACCAAGUCGGUCUCCAGCCCCUCUUCUGAUAACAAGGAGCCCACCAAGCCUGAUUUAAACACAGUAGCUGACAAAGCUCUGCAGCCUUCCAGAACUGAAUCUGGGGAAAAAGUAUUGCUAGACUCUGACCCCUCUUCUACCCAGCAGGAGGGAGAAGGUAAGUCUUUAGAACCACCUGAAGAUGAGGAGCCCAAGGAGACUGAGGAAGGGGAUACAGAGCCUGAAGAGGGUGCACCACCCAAAGACGAGAAAGAAAUGCCUGGCCCUGCCUCCAGUGAGAACCGUGAAAGCACAGUUUUGAAUCCCUGGAGUCGGGAGAAGGAUGACCUGUAUAAGGAUAAUCUUGGAAGUUCCAGUGCAGAGAGCAGCCACUUCUUUGCAUAUCUGGUGACAGCAGCCAUUCUCGUUGCUGUCCUCUAUAUUGCCUACCACAAUAAGCGGAAGAUUAUUGCUUUCAUCCUGGAAGGAAAAAGAUCCAAAGUUACACGGCGGCCAAAGGCCAGUGACUACCAGCGUUUGGACCAAAAGAUUUGAUUUUUCUGUUCUUGAGAACCUUGUCCUCCCUGCUGAUUUGUUUCUAAAUCAAGAAAAAUGAAGAGAAAACUACUGUGACCUAAGAGACACACCCCCUCCUCUAGGGUUUGGUGGCAAGUCGGGGCUGGCAGAGGCGGGGGGGAUUGCUUUGGUUUUUGCACCUGCACUUUGGCGGACUUGUCCUCCUGUGUUCCCGUUAUUUAUGCUGGUGUCUUCCAGCCCGUCCCCCUGAGUGUGAGUAGGGAAGCAUGUGGGCGUGCCCAGCCGUGACCAAAGGGAGAUCUCAGCCCGGGGCAGGUGACUGCUGAUGACUGCCCUCCCUUGGGUCUUGGCCCUGUCGUAAGGUUAGCCCUUGAAAACAGCAUUGCACUUGCCACUACUUACCUUCGCGGACCUAGGAGAAAACUACAGGUUGUGGUCCGUUUCUACCAAGGCCUCUCCCUUUGGGGGGAUGUGCCCUACAAAAGAUGCAGAAGGUGGCGAAUGCUGAUGGGCAAAGGGCUCCUUUGAACACGAUUCUCUUCAAAGGGUUCAGCAGCAAACCAAAACAGCAGCUGAAAAACAUGCUUUAUUGCCUGCGAGUCCAAGCCGCCUAGUGCAAGCUCUUCACCUUCUGACAUUUUCAUAUUAUUUGAGACGAAGCGAAGCCACUUCUGUUUAGUUGUACUGAGCAGAAAACUGAACUUGGGGGUUCUGGGAGGAAAGC